CGGUACUGCUGGCUGCCCCUGCUGGUCAGAGAAGGAGUCAGAAAGCUGUGACUGUCUCCAGGGCUUCCAGCAGACCCACUCACUGGGGGGAGGCACUGGCUCAGGCAUGGGGACCCUGCUCAUCAGCAAAAUCAGAGAGGAGUACCCAGACCGCAUCAUGAACACCUUCAGCGUCAUGCCCUCACCCAAGGUCUCUGACACUGCGGUGGAGCCCUAUAAUGCCACCCUCUCUGUGCACCAGCUGGUAGAGAACACAGAUGAAACCUACUGCAUCGACAUUGAGGCUCUGUAUGACAUCUGCUUCCGCACCCUGAAGCUGACCACACCCACCUAUGGCGAUCUCAACCACCUGGUGUCAGCCACCAUGAGUGGAGUGACCACCUGCCUGCGCUUCCCAGGCCAGCUGAAUGCAGACCUGUGCAAGCUGGCUGUGAACAUAGUGCCCUUCCCGCGCCUGCACUUCUUCAUACAAUUACUUCUGAAUAUUUAUGCCAUCUAAAUAUUCAGCUAAGAAAAAACAUAUUUGUAAUACUGGAUAAAGCCAUUAGGUGGCACUAGCUCUGCAUGAGACUGUUUUCCAUUUAUUUAUCUAUUUUUUUGUGAGCUUUAGAUCUUUACAUUUCUUAAUUAAAAAACAUUUCAUCUUGGGGA